AUGGCCCCCUUCAAAGUCGCAAUUGUGGGCGGUGGCAUGACUGGUCUGACCGCCGCCCUCCAUCUCCACCGCCUAAGCAUCGACUUUGUCCUCCUCGAGGCGUACGACGACAUUACGCCCGAAGUGGGCGCUAGUCUCGCCCUGUACCCAAACUUCCAGCGCGUGCUCGACCAGCUCGGGGUUCUGGACGAUGUGUACGACGAGUCGACGGAGCUGUGCACGCUGGCAGCGCGCGACAUUGCGGGCAAACCCAUGUACACGCAUCAUGUGGCGGACGGCAUCCACGCCGCUGCCGAUGGGUAUGGUAUCCGCACGUGGACGCGCUCACAGUUGCUCCGGGUGCUGUAUCGCAAUGUGAGCGAGGAUGGCAAGAAGAAGAUCCACACGAGCCAGCGAGUAAACCGCAUCGAGCAACUGCCGGGCGACGAGGGCGUUCGGUUGCACAUGGCGAGUGGAGAGGUGCAUCAUGCAGAUCUCGUGCUUGGUGCGGAUGGCACGCAUAGCAUCAUGCGCGCCGAGAUGUGGCGUAUGGCCGAGGAGGCGGGCUCCAAGCGAUUUGUUGCUGACAAUGUGCGCGCAGACGCAGCUACAGAGUUUGCCUGUGUUUUUGGCCUAUCCCAUAACACGGGGGACCUACGCAAGGAUCACACCUACCAGGUCACCGGCCAGGACAUGACCAUUGGGGUGUUUGGCGGUGCCAAGGGCGAGGCGUGUUGGUUUAUCUUCUUCAAGGCUGGCGAGGACAAGACAACGAGCAGCCUUGACUUCCCUCGAUGGACCCCUGAGGAGGGCGCGGCUGUCUGUGAGAAAUACGCCGACGCCAAGCUGAGUGAGAAGACGACCUUUGGCGACGUCUACGCCAACAGGUACCGUAUCACCACGCAGCCAUGUCCCAAUCACAGCCUGCGCCGCUGGCACUAUGGCCGUCUUAUCUGUCUGGGCGACGCUGUGGCCAAGACGAAUCCCAUUCUCGCGCAGGGUGGCGCGCAAGGUGCCGAGUCGGUCGUCAUGCUGGUGGACCAUUUGCAGGAUCUCAUUAAGCAAAACGACAAGGUGACGACAGUGCAGUUGGAGAAGGUAUUGAGUGAGGUCAACAAGAAGAGGGAGCCACGCGUGCGCGAAUCGGUCGCCAAGAGUCAACAGCUGAUUCGUAUCUCGGCGUGGUCGACGUGGCUGUUCCGCAUCAUUGGGAGAUGGGUCGCGCCGCUGCUGCCGACGUGGGUUAUAGUCGCGCAAGCCUUGGGGCCGUGGAAGGGGGCGUACCAGUCGACAACUCUGCCGGCACCGCAGCAUGCAGUGGGAAGGGCUGUGGCAUCGGAAGAUGAGGCCAAGGAGCCCGUGGUGGAGGUGACGCAGGUCUCAUCGGACACAUGAGCUCCUAGCUAUAUGUAGAUGAGGAUGCUUAACAAUCAUGACGGUGCGCGUUGUCUUUGCGAGAUUAAGCCCACUUGGAAACGCAGUAUCUGCCGAAGCAACAUGAAGGGAUGAGCCCCUUUUCGCGACAACAGGGGUGUGAUGCCUAUUUGUACAUACAUGAGUUAUUAAUC